CAUCAGCCAAUGACGGCUGAGCAGCGGGGGAGGGGUGGAGGGGUGACGACAAUGUCUGGAACGUCACUUGUUCUCUCAGUCUACACCGCGGCAUCACCAGAAGGUCCACCACGGGCUCCUGAAUCGGCUUUUUGGAACAACUCGUUGGACAAGAAAAAAAAAAUUAAACGCACCCGUUCACCCUAAGGCAGCGGCUCUUUUUCGUCUAACGGUCCUCCAUGAGAUUCUUCAGGCUUACCUUCAAGUGCUUCGUCGACUGCUUCUGAGUCUCCUGAGUCCCACGGCGCCUGCUGACAUUUUUUUUUACAAAAUCAUCUCUUGGCUGUGCUUAGGCGUUCCAACGUGUGGAGAAAAACCGAUUUCGUAAUAUUCUUAAUUGCAUUUUUUAUAUUUCAAACAGAUGAAAUAAACUGAGAAAAUCAGAAAAGAGGGUGCCAAAAUAUCUGCCUUUCUUGGCACGUUAACCCUUCCUCGUCUAAAAACCAACAGCCAGCUCGCCCCCCCCCCCACCCCAAUUUAAAUUUCACACUUUUUUUCUGACGCUGUUCAUCAAUAUGUCAACCGAGCUGGAAGGAAGUAGUCGAGGUGAAGUCAGCCUCCCUCCGUUAGAGGCUGGAGAGAUAUUUGAAGGUGAGGGUGGGGGAUCGGCUUAUCCCCUGGUGUCGGUGCCUGGAGAGGGCCCAGGCUGCGCUGAGGGCGGAGGAGCCGUUCCACCACAGGUCCAGGAUGGAACAGUUGCCGGGGCUGACGCGGUGCCAGCGGUGGAGAGAGAAACCUGGACCAGACAGAUGGACUUCAUCAUGUCCUGUGUAGGUUUUGCUGUCGGCUUGGGCAACGUAUGGCGCUUCCCUUACCUUUGCUACAAGAAUGGAGGAGGUGUGUUCCUCAUCCCCUACUUGCUGAUAGUGUUCAUCGGAGGUAUCCCCGUCUUCUUUCUGGAAAUCGCUUUGGGGCAGUUCAUGAAGCAGGGAGGUGUUUCCGCCUGGAACAUCGCACCACUUUUCAAAGGUCUGGGUUUGGCUUCAAUGGUGAUUGUGUUCUUCUGCAACACCUACUACAUCAUGAUUCUGGUGUGGGGUCUCUACUUUCUCUUCCACUCUUUCACCAGCCCACUUCCGUGGGCUACCUGUGGACACGCUUGGAACACCCCCAACUGUACCGAGGACUUCCGCCGCACUUGCCACAACCACACUGCUGCCCAGUUGUCGCUGCCACUGAAUGUGUCUGCAACCCUUUCACUCCUUAACGACAGCUGCAUGGAGACGGAAGGCAUGCGCUCCCCAGUCAUUGAGUUCUGGGAACGCAAUGUUCUUCGACUGUCCGGUGGCAUUAAUGAACCUGGCAACAUCAGCUAUGAGAUGGUGUUAUGUCUUCUUGCCACCUGGGUUAUUGUUUACUUCUGCAUGUGGAAGGGAGUCAAAUCUACGGGCAAGAUUGUGUACUUCACAGCUCUGUUCCCGUACGUGGUUCUGGUUGUUCUUUUGGCCCAUGGUGUCACCCUACCCGGAGCAUUAGAUGGGAUCAUAUACUACCUGAAACCAGAUUGGUCCAAACUGGGAGAAGCGCAGGUGUGGAUUGACGCUGGUACCCAGAUUUUUUUCUCUUAUGCCAUCGGACUGGGUGCCCUGACUGCCCUGGGCAGCUAUAACCGCUUCAAUAACAACUGCUACCAGGAUGCGUUUGUGCUGGCACUCAUUAAUAGCGGAACCAGCUUCUUUGCAGGCUUUGUUGUGUUCUCUGUGUUGGGCUUCAUGGCUGCAGAGCAAGGUGUGGAUAUCAGUAAGGUAGCUGAGAGUGGACCCGGGCUGGCGUUUAUUGCCUACCCCAAGGCUGUGACUCUGAUGCCUCUGGCACCACUCUGGGCGGCACUCUUCUUCUUCAUGUUACUUGUGCUCGGCCUGGACAGUCAGUUUGUUGGAGUAGAGGGUCUAAUCACCGGAGUCAUGGACAUGCUUCCCCCCAAGUCCGCUUUGGCCUCCUUGCGGCGAGAGGUGGUGGCAGCCAUCUGCUGCGUUAUCUGCUUCUUCAUUGACAUGUCCAUGGUCACAGAGGGAGGAAUGUAUGUCUUCCAGUUGUUUGACUACUAUUCUGCCAGCGGCAUCACUCUUCUGUGGCAGGCGUUCUGGGAGUGCGUGGUGAUUGCCUGGGUCUAUGGCGCAGACCGUUUCAUGGAUGACGUGGCCCGAAUGAUCGGCUAUCAGCCCCUUCCCUACAUGAAGUGGUGCUGGUCCUACAUCACGCCCCUUGUCUGUGUGGGAGUGUUCUUGUUCCAUGCGGUCAACUACAAGCCCCUAACCUACAACAAUGUGUACACAUACCCAUGGUGGGGCGAAAUGCUUGGCUGGGCUUUGGCCCUUUCCUCUAUGCUUUGUAUCCCACUCACCGUUGGCUACAAGCUACUGCGCAGCAAAGGAUCGCUGCGGGAGCGCUGGCAGCACCUGACCACCCCAAUUUGGGGCAAACAUCACCUGGAAUACCUUGCCCCAGAGAGCGAGGCCAAACUGCUGCCCCCUGUGGGAUCUAAGAAUGACCAUCUCUUCGAAAGUGCCGUUUGACAGUCAAAACCCCCGGGGAGCUCAAAGUCAAGCUCCUUGACUCUCCUCUGCUCACCAGCUCUCCAUUUUUCUGCUUCCUGUGCUGUCCUGUCUCACGUGUGAUGUGUCCCUUGUGCUUGCAUUUAGGCUCAUUCUGUCAGGGGUGCAGCAACUUCAUCCACUUCAAUACAGACAAAUCACUAUGUGAAUAUUCAAUGAAAAUAGUGAAACCUCACAACUGCUGCUAAAAUGCCACGGUCGGAAGUGCGUGUGUGUGUGUGUGUGUGUGUGUGUGUGUGUGUGCGCGCAUGUGUGUGCCAGAGCUUGGCAGCUGUCUUCACGUUGCUUUCCACCAACUCUAAUUCUUCAUAAAUUGUACAAAAACACUUUUUAAAAAAAAGUCAAACAAAGACAGUCCAUCUCCAAAUCCAAUUGUGCUUUGAACUUAUGUAUCCAGUGUUUGUGUAGAGUCCGUGAUUCAGUGUUAUCAAUACGAGCACUGCAUCAUUAUCAGUAUCCACCCCCCCCCACCCCCCCCAAUGAAAGUUAGACUAGGAUAUGAAGAAUGCUGGAAAGGUGACUGUAUGAAUGGCUAUGAGAGACUCAAUAAAAGACCCCAAAAUUGA